AUGCCACUGAGUCUGCUACUUCUUUUGUUCAUAAGUGCAAAACCAGAAAUUACUGCAGGAAAACAUGACUUUAAGGGAGAGUAUAAUUCUCCUCUCCACAAUGACUCGGAGACUAAUCUUCCUCUUGAUAGUAAAGUGACAAAGACUGCAGACAAAGAGACUCCUCCUCAGUGCACAGAUUGCUCCACCGGGAAACAGUUCCUGCUGGUGUUCUGUGGUCUGAUGGUGGGCAUUGUCCUGACAGCUGUGUGCUUACGAAGAGGCACAUGUAACAUCAACAUUACACAAGGCUCAGAUGAUGAAGAUUCAAAUGUAUGCACAAGAAUGGUGAUGUGUGUUAUCUGA